GGGCGGGGGGUGGGGGCCUGCGGGUCCCGGCGGGAGGGCAGGUCCCACCCCUCCACAGCCUGGGUGUCCUGGGCUAACCAGCCCCGGUCCUACCGCCUCCCCAUACCUCCCGUGAGGGCUGCCCCCCUGCCCCUCCUCCCAGGCAGGGGUGUCGCCCUCUGAGCCUGCCUUUCCCACUGGGCCGACUCUCAGCGGAGCCGUGGAGAUGACCCACCGCCUGCACCCACUGAUCAUGUGUGGGCCUGUGGAGAUCCGGGCAGAUGGCCUGGGCAUCCCGAAGCUCCUGGAAGCUGUGUUGAAGCUGCUGCCCCUGGACACCUAUGUGGAGAGCCCGGCUGCUGUCAUGGAGCUGGUUCCCGGUGACAAGGAGAGGGGCCUGCAGACCCCAGUGUGGAAAGAUUAUGAGAUCCUCCUGCUCCAGGCUGGCUGCAUGGGAACCCUGGCAAAGAUAGAGAGAUUUGAGUUUUAUGAACAAGCCAAAAAGGCUUUUGCUGUUGUUGCAACCGGGGAGACAGCACCGUAUGGAAACAUCAUCCUCAAGAAGGGAACAAUUGCCCUUGGUUCCCAGUUUGAGGCCUGGUGAAGACUACUUUGAGGGGAGAAGAAUCGACAAUGCCAUAAGGGCUACCCACAGACCUGGACUUCAGCCAGGGUCUCAAGGUGCCAGUGGGUUUUGAGAGAUCCUCCCAACUGAGACUGAGAUUUCCCUGAUUUUUAAAAAUGAUGGAAAAACAUGGCACUAUCAGCCUUCAAUCUAAAAA